AAAAUAUUUUCAGUCUUUGUAUCAUUCUUGCUAGAAGCACAAUCAACAUAAUUCAAUUCACCUUCAAAAUAUUGUGAGUGUAGAGAUGGACUGGAGUAUAAUCCUAUUGAGUUUAAUAACAUUUGUGACUGUUGGAUAUUUGUGGGUGAAGAAGCAGUAUAGCUUCUGUGAGGAAAAUGGAAUACCGUACGUGAAACCAACAUUUCCAUUGGGAAAUAUAUGGGGUGUUGGCUAUAAAUAUCACUUGUCUGAGAUUUUACUUGAAACCUAUAAGAAAUUGAAGGGACAGAAAAAGCAUGUUCUCGGUGGGAUAUACUUAUUUACUCAACAUGUCUACAUUCCAUUGGAUUUAGAUCUCCUCAAGAAUAUCUUAGUCAAGGAUUUUCAGUAUUUUCAUGAUAGAGGCAUCUAUGUUAACGAAAAAGAUGAUCCUCUUUCUGCUAACCUAUUUGCCUUAAGCGGGCAAAGAUGGAAGAAUGUAAGAAGCAAACUUAGUCCAACUUUCACUUCUGGCAAAAUGAAGAUGAUGCACAGUACGAUCAUUGCAGUUGCUAAAGAAUUUCAGGAUUACCUUGAACCUAUUGCUCAGAAAAACGAAGAGGUUGAAAUUAAGGAUAUUCUCGCCCGAUUCACCACAGAUGUUAUCGGGAACUGUGCUUUCGGAGUUGAGUGUAACAGUCUGAAAGAUCCUAAUACCGAAUUCCGAAAAAUUGGAAAGAGAGCUUUUGAGUUCAAUAAUUUGGAGUUUCUAAGGCUAUUUUUGAUUGGUAUUUUCCCGAAUCUUUCAAGGAAGCUAAAAGCUAAGGUAACAAAGCCAGAAGUUUCAGAAUUCUUUAUGAGACUUCUCAGAGAAACUAUAGAAUAUAGAGAGAAGAACAAUAUCAAGCGGAAUGAUUUCCUCUCACUACUGAUCCAGAUCAAGAAUACUGGAAAACUUGAAGGUGACAAUACGGAUCUGGGUAAAAUGACCUUUGAAGAAUUGGCUGCACAAACAUUCCUCUUCUUCGUUGCUGGAUUCGAAACAUCUUCGUCAACCAUGGCUUUUGCUCUCUACGAAUUGGCACAGCAUCAAGAUAUUCAAGAUAGAGCCAGGGAGGAAAUUAAUGGAAUUCUUGAGAAAUAUAAUGGGGAGUACACAUAUGAUGCAUGUAUGGAAAUGAAGUAUGUCGAUCAAGUUAUAAAUGAAACACUCCGGAAGUAUCCAGUUGUCGAUACUUUGAUCCGGAAGGCUGGUCAAGACUAUCAACUUUCGAAUCACGAUUUCGUAUUGAAGAAGGAUUCUAUUAUUCUAAUAUCAGCUUAUGGCAUUCACCAUGAUCCAGAAAUCUACCCAGAUCCCGAAAAGUUUGAUCCGGAUCGUUUUACUGAAGAAAACAUCAAGAACCGACAUGCCUACGCUUGGCUUCCGUUCGGAGAAGGUCCUAGGAUUUGUGUCGGAAUGAGGUUCGGCAUGAUGCAGACUAGAGUUGGACUGGCAAAUCUGCUUUCGAAGUACCGAGUCAAGACCACACCAAAAACCCCCAUACCAUUAGUUUUUUCACCCAGUUCUUCGGUUCUCAGUGCCAAGAGUGGAAUGUGGCUUAGGCUUGAAAAAGUCUAAUACCAUCACUAUUACCAAAAUAUUUUUCAGUAUUGUUGUUCGAGUAAAUAUUGUGCUUUUCAUCAAAUUCGCUUUUAUCUUUUAGAUCUUUUGGACUUUUUAGCUGCAUAUUGUUUUUGCAAUAGGUCUUUUUUUGUGUCUACUUAUUGAUUAGCAAAAAAUUAAAAGAUCGUUAUCACGACAAAAGACUAUACAGCCUGUGAAGAAGCAUUUCCGCCGUUUGGCUUUGGAGGCUGGUCAUCAACGCUAAGACGGCGGCAGACGCAAGAAAAUGAAUGUCUUAUUGCUUUAUGAAUUUUGAAUCAAUUGUGUAUGCUUAAGUGUAAUAAUUUUUUUUUUAUUAUUAUGAAAUUAAUAAAUUGAAAAUUCGAAUUGAAAA